AUGGAGCGGACACAGCUAGCUACCCUCUCUGCUCCCCACCCGCUCGUCGUCCCACCCGCUGCUCGUCGUCACCCCCUUUGCUCGUCACCCCCUUUGCUCAUCACCCCCUCUGCUCGUCACCCCCUCUGCUCGUCACCCCCUCUGCUCGUCACCCCCUCUGCUCGUCGCCCCCUCUGCUCGUCGCCCCCUCUGCUCGUCGCCCCCUCUGCUCGUCGCCCCCUCUGCUCGUCGCCCCCUCUGCUCGUCGCCCCCUCUGCUCGUCGCCCCCUCUGCUCGUCGCCCCCUCUGCUCGUCGCCCCCUCUGCUCGUCGCCCCCUCUGCUCGUCGCCCCCUCUGCUCGUCGCCCCCUCUGCUCGUCGCCCCCUCUGCUCGUCGCCCCCUCUGCUCGUCGCCCCCUCUGCUCGUCGCCCCCUCUGCUCGUCGCCCCCUCUGCUCGUCGCCCCCUCUGCUCGUCGCCCCCUCUGCUCGUCGCCCCCUCUGCUCGUCGCCCCCUCUGCUCGUCGCCCCCUCUGCUCGUCGCCCCCUCUGCUCGUCGCCCCCUCUGCUCGUCGCCCCCUCUGCUCGUCGCCCCCUCUGCUCGUCGCCCCCUCUGCUCGUCGCCCCCUCUGCUCGUCGCCCCCUCUGCUCGUCGCCCCCUCUGCUCGUCGCCCCCUCUGCUCGUCGCCCCCUUUGCUCGUCGCCCCCUUUGCUCGUCGCCCCCUUUGCUCGUCGCCCCCUUUGCUCGUCGCCCCCUUUGCUCGUCGCCCCCUUUGCUCGUCGCCCCCUUUGCUCGUCGCCCCCUUUGCUCUUCGCCCCCUUUGCUCGUCGCCCCCUUUGCUCGUCGCCCCCUUUGCUCGUCGCCCCCUUUGCUCGUCACCCCCUUUGCUCGUCACCCCCUUUGCUCGUCACCCCCUUUGCUCGUCACUCCCUCAGCUCGUCACUCCCUCCAUACAAACUGCAUGUGCUGCUCUAGGCAGAACAAGGAUCGUCCGGAGAAGUCAUGCGUCCAACCAAGCAGCCCAUGCCUUGAAGCCCAGGGGAGGGAGACUCCCUUUGCCUUUCCCUUUUCACGACGAGAUGGAUUUCGAGUAA